CGUUGCCAGCAGCAGUUGGCCUAACAAUUUGUUAGCUUUGCUUAAAUCGCGUGAGAAUCUAAGCGAAAAUAAAAGUGAGAAAAUUUAAAGGCAGUGUAACUGACUUGGCGAGUAAACAUAAAUAAAUACUCAACGCAUACACAUGCACAUGCUGUUUGUGUGUGAGUGAGUGAGUGAGUGUUCGUGUAAGCGUUAGCUUGAGUCAAGUGCGUUUCUAUUUUUGGGGCAAGUGUAAAGUGUUGUCAUUGUGUGCAGCGUUGUAAGCGCCUUUAAAGACGCAAGCGAAACCGUUAUCCUUGUGCAUUAGUUUCAAGUGCUUGGGUGCAUCAAUGUCAGACAUUGAUUGACGCAUUGAUCGACAACGAGAACAACAACAACACGAACUAGUACUUGGUGCUGUAAUUUAGUGUUUUUGCCUCAACAUGUGGACUUGGCAACGUCUGCGCCAUAAGCCACUCUGGGCACUAAUCUGCCUAACCAUACUUCUGCUUGUGCUGGACAAGAGCGCUGCCAAUACCGAAGCGCCCGCUGUGGAGAACACCACUACCACGGAGCCAGAUGCCUCGCCGGGCUGUCGUGCGCCGGAUGUGCGCUUCACCAUUGUGAAACCGGAAAUGACAACGGAGCAGCCGUAUGCAAAGUUCGAGACGACGCAGGUCUAUCUGCCGGAGGACUUUACCACCGCCGAUGUGGAGUUUGUGGACAGACAGCAUGCGCCCAAUGAGAAUCAUGCGGCCUUUGUUAAUCCCUACAACAUUGAUCUGGGCGAUGAGGCGGCCAGUCUGGUGGACGAUACGCACAACGCUGGCGCCGUCGAGGAGGAGGAACUGCAUGGCGCUGAGCUGGAGGAGGGCGCCUAUAAGCGUCUCAAUAGCAAUCGCAAGCAGGCCAAGAAGCGUCGCUCGGGCACGGGACGCAGGCGUCGUUUGGAGAAUGCCAAUGGAGAUGCAGCGCGUGGGCGUGGCAGUCGCUAUAAGCGUCAUGCCAUUCUACAUGACGCGGAGGCUUCACCGGAAACGGAUCGUUGGGCUGGGAGCAAGCUGGCGGCGGAUGGCGAUGUCUACUAUGUGCAUAUAGCGGAUAUAUUGAAGUCGCGCGAGCCCAAUCGACAGCUGAAGGCCAAGCUGCAUAAGCUGAAGCUGAAGGCGCGCUGGAAGAAGUGUCUGGCCACGGGCAGUCUGGAUGAGAAGUGUCUGAAGCUGAAGCUGAAGUUGGAGCAGCAGCAGCAGAAGCAUCAGGAGGACAAGGAGCAGCUGCAUCAUCGUCGACGCGGUGACAGUCACGCUGCAGAGCUCGACCAGCGUGACAUGGAACCGCGUUGGCGCAGCCGACGCAGCGCAGCCGCCAAGGGCGACGCUGGCGUCUUGGAGGAUGAGCAAGAGCUUGCUCUAGAGCCGGGCAAUCAGUCGAGCAGUGCAGCAGUGGCCCUGCAACGUGUAAAGCGCAAGUCGGGCAAGACCACGGGUGCACUGAGCCGUCCGAAAGGUGGUGGCGAUUCCAGCUCGAAGACCACCAGUCGCAAGGACAAGGGCAUCUAUGAUGAGGAGACAGGCUACUCUCCCGUGCACACCGAGGACGAGUUCGACGAGGACGAGGAGGAGGAGGAAGAGAUCGAUUUGCUGCAGCAGUUCACCGAAGUGUCCGAAAUACGCUUCCCCGGCGAAAUUGGACCCAUGGGCGAUCGACGCCUUUGCAAAAUUCGCUGUGUCAAGGGCAAGUGGGUGGGGCCAUUGUGUGCCACCAACGAGGAGGAUGACAACGGCAACGUGAAGUUUCAGCCAUUGUACAAGAGCUGCCAUGUUAAUCGCAUUCCGUCUCAUCUGCUGCUCAGCUAUCGCAACAUUUCAGUGACACCGAUACCAUUAAAUCGCGGCUGGCGGAAAACGCGUUUAUCCAAAUCGACACUUGUCUCAAACACAGAAAUUAGCGUUGGCUGGGAUCUGCCGCACGGGCAUUCACUGCAGGCGCGCUGCCUGGAGCUGGGCAUCUACAAGCUGCUCGGCGAGAGUCGGGUGCUCUGCUCCAACGGUCUCUGGGCGCCGCGCAUGCCCAGCUGCGUGCCCACCACGAUACUGACCAACUACUCCGAGGACAGUGCGCCGUCUAUACGCAUCAAGGUCUUCAAUGGCUCCUACUCGUUUGAGCCUUCCGGCGUGAUGGCUGUGACGCCUCACAGCAUCGUCCAGAUGGACUGCAUGUAUGUGCGAGCACGCGGCACACCGGAAUGGACCUGGACCAGCUGGUACAAGCAGUACACCACAGGCUGGUCACCAGCUGGGGAGGAGAAGGCCGUGCGCUAUCGGUUGAGCAUCAAGAACAUUGAGCAGAGAGACUCGGGCACAUUCACGUGCACCUCGCCGCGCGGUUUGACAAACAGCAUUGCCGUGGUGGUGGCCACUUCGACGUGCCCGCAGCUAACGGAACCGCUGUCGCCGCUCAAGCUACGCCUCGAGGGCAAUAAGCUGGGCCAGCGCGCACACUAUGAAUGCCCCGCAGGCUUUCGGCUUGAUGGCGCUUGGAAUGCCACCUGCCUCGCCUCCGGCAAUUGGUCAUCGCCCUCACCCACAUGCCAUCCCAUUCAGUGCCCACGUCUCGUUGUGGAUGACAACCAUCUCAGUCUCAUCGAACUCAAUACAUCGGCCUGGGGGCGUGCGGUGUUCAAAUGCCAAUGGGGCUUCAAGCUAACCGGACCGGCGCUGCUCGACUGUGAGCCAACGGGCGUUUGGAGUGGUCAAGUGCCACGUUGCAAAGUCAUUCAGUGCGUAAUGCCAGUAGCGCCUUUGAAUGGACGCAUUGGAGGCACCAGCCUGAGCCAGCGCCGUCUUACUGUUGGCGCUUUGGUCACGUUCAGCUGCAACGAUGGCCACACGCUGGUCGGCGAGUCCAGCAUCAUUUGCACGGAGAACGGUUUCUGGUCUCACUCGCCGCCAUUUUGCAAAUCGCAGUGCCCCUAUCCAGGCGAUCCACCCAACGGCCUGAUUGCGCCGCUCAAGUUCAACUACGACGCUGGCGACUAUCUGAGUGUCCAAUGCCGGCCCGGCUUCAUUCAAGUCCAAACGAACGAGGAUCACAGCACGGGGCCGCCAGAGCGACCGAAGUGCCAGCCCGAUGGCAAGUGGUCAGGACCCUUACCCAAAUGCCGCAGCUACGAGGAAGUGUAACAACAAUAACAACAACAACAGAAACAGAAACAACAACAAUACUUAAGCAUUCACUUAGCUCUAAGCCAGGCAAACACGUCCCCACCCCACAGUCCAACAGUUGGCAGUCCCCCGAGUAAAAGUAAAUUGAAGCAAGCUAAAAACGCGCUGAGUGAUAUUUAGAUUAAAAAUUAGUCCUGAGGGUAUCAAGGUUUAUUAACUGCAAAUUUUAUUUCAAUUCUUUUCGCCUCUCAAUUCUCUACAAAGUCACUCGCUUAUUGAAAGUUAGGCCCACUUGCAAGUCUCUUCUGCUAUACAAAUAUUUCCCACAAUUUCCAGAUGCAAGACAAACCUGAAGAUUAACAAAAAUAUAUACAAAAAAAAAAUGAAAAAAAAAUAUAUAAAAUUAUAUAUGUAACAUAGCCAAUGUUAAAUGUUAUUAAAUCAAUUGAAUUUCUUUCUUCCAACUCGGUUGCUUAACGAAACUUUUAUAAAUAACAUUUAAUUCCAUAUGAAUUUCGCUUGCAUUUUAUAUAUAGAACAAAACUAAUAUCUCUCUAAUCGUACAGUUAAUUACAGGUAUUUCAAAAGUUACCAAACAUAAUUCAGUAGUUAAACUCUAACAGUGCUGCAAGCGAAUGAAUCAGCUCAAUUUGCUCAAUACUGAUUCAAAGUAGAUUCAUUUGCUAGCAGCCGCUGCUCUAUAUGCAUAGUUUAAGUAAUUACCCCAAGUAUAAAUGUAUUUGUUGGCACAUUUAUAAAUAAAUGAGUUGGUCGAUCGCCUAAAUCGAUGCAAAUGAUUCGUUGGUUAGUUAGUUAGGCGCAGCUUCGGCUGCUAAUGAAAGUCAUAUCGCAAGCCAUAAGCAAAAAUGAAUGAAACGCAUACC